GAUGUCUUGAGCAGUUAUUGCCCCAUUAAACUGGAACUCGCUGUAAAAAUAGACUUGAAACUACAUGAUAACAUUUGUGGAUUUAAAUCUCUGGAUGAAUUACUGUUGGCUGUAUUCCUUUAAAAUAAAAACAUGUUUAAAAAAGAGAAAUAAAGAGAAAUAUUGCAAGGGGCUGUAGCUUUCUGUGUAAUUUACAGGUCACUGGAUUAUAUGUCUGCUUGUAUUUCAUCUGGAAUCAGAGGAUGUUGCCUUCCUUGUGAAGCUUGAUAUAUUUCACUAGUAACUGUGAUUGAAAAGAACAUCUGAUGAUCAUUUGAUACUACAGAUGGAGGCUAUCACUUGUGGGUUGAUGCUUAUUCAACGAAGGAAAAUUCUGUGUCUUGCAAACAGCAGAUGACCAUCGCGUGAAUACUGGUAUUUAAACUUACUCAGAAUCAACACAGCUUCAUUGGCUUCAAGACAGUGUUAAAAAGCAGGUCAUCUGGCCCUUUCUGAUACAGAGAAUCAUGCACAUCACAGGAGCUGAAAGACUCAUCCUCAUUGGUGGUCUGCUGCAAGGUGUUCUGUGCCUCGACUUUGCAGCUCUGAUGCCUCAGAAUAUAAAGGCUCUGAGUGGAUCUUGUGUGAACAUUCCCUGCUCAUUUACACUGCCAUCUAGAUUUGAGUCGUUCCUCACAACUUCAUGUAAAGGAAUAUGGAAGAAAGGGUGGACAGGAUUACAGGUGUUUGAUUCUAGUCUCACAGGAACAGGCUUAAACACCAUUCAAGGGAAUCUAACUGGGAACAUGCAGCAGAAGGAAUGUACCACAAUCCUGAAUGACCUCACAUCUUAUCUCAAUUACUACUUUUCAUUCAGAAUUGAUUGUGACAAUGCUCUGAGAUAUAAUUUUCCAGAACUUGUCACAAUUGAUGUAAAAGAAAAUCCAUCCAAUCCCACUCUAAGUCCAGCAACAGUAAAUGUGAUGGAGGGGACCUCAGUGAGUCUGAUCUGCUCUGCUGCAGCCCCCUGUCCCUCACUCCCUCCAACUCUGACAUGGACCCCCACACUGAGUGACAGUGUGGAGGAUUUGCAGGUGACUCCGAAUCGAGUCAUAACUUCUCUCCUGAACUUUACCGCUUCACAUGUCCACCACGGAGAGAAGAUCUCCUGCACUGCGCUGUACAAACGACAAGCUGGCAAGAGUGAUAAAUCAUCCAAAACUGAUCUGACAGUCGCUGUUCUUUACUCUCCCAAGAACACCUCGGUGUCAGUCAGUCCCUCUGGUUCAGUGGUAGAGGGCAGCUAUGUGACUCUGACUUGCAGCAGCAAUGCUAACCCAGCAGUGUGGAGCUACAACUGGUACAGAGUUAUUGGAGAGCAGGUUUCAACAGUGAGGGCAGGCAGAAUGCUAACUGUCCAGGUACCAGCAGAUUACAGUUAUUUCCACUGUGAAGCCAUCAAUGACCAUGGAACCAAGAACUCAUCUGUCAUUCAACUAAAUGGAAUGUACCCUCCCAAGAACACCUCAGUGUCAGUCAGUCCCUCUGGUUCAGUGGUAGAGGGCAGCUCUGUGACCCUGACCUGCAACAGCAAUGCCAACCCUGCAGUGAAGAACUACACCUGGUACAAAAUCAAUGGGACUGAGGCUGUCCUUUUAGGAUCUGGAGAGAGCUUCACCUUAGACAGUAAAGCAAGUGAUAGCGGGGAGUACUGCUGUGAAGCACUGCAUGUACUCGGUAAAGAAAAAGCCACAGUUGUUCAGCUGGAUAUUCAAUAUCCCCCCAAGAACACCUCAUUGUCAGUCAGUCCCUCUAGCUCAGUAGCAGAGGGCAGCUCUGUGACUCUGACUUGCAGCAGCAAUGCCAACCCAGCAGUGAAGAACUACACCUGGUACAGAGUUGAGGGAAGGGAGAAGGACAUUGUCGGGUCUGAAGAGGACCUCAACAUCUCCAGUGUGACCAGGCUUUCAAAUGAACAGUACUACUGUGAGGCUCAGAAUGUCCAUGGACUGCAGACCUCUGAAGCCAUCAGUAUCGAUGUGACAUUUGCUUCAGAGAUCCUGAACACCUCUCACUGCAUCAGGAUUUCAGCUACAUCUCAGAUCAGAUGUUUCUGUGAUAGCUAUGGGAACCCUGCUCCCACACUGGUGUGGCAACUGGCUGGAGAGUCUGUCAAUCACUCCACUAACACCAUCAUCAGGGAGGAGCCAAUGGGCCAAGCAGGCCUGAGGAGCUCCCUCACCAUCCACCAAUCACAGGAAGAGAAAAUACAGAGUCUGGUCUGCCUCAGCUCCAACUUUGUUGAUUUUGACAACUUCACAUUUGACUUAACAUCAAUGAAAACAUUGAAAGGUUUCCAUCUUCCCUCUCUGUUGAUCGGGGUUGGUGUGGGGGCAGGAGUGAUGAUGCUCCUAUGCAUCCCACUACUUCACUUCUGCAAGCAUAGGAGAGCCAGGCAGUCACCAAGCAAAAGACAGAAGGACACAGCAGAGUUCAUAGUGACGGAUGAGACCCUCUUUCAGGAGGAGGACAAUGUCUAUGCCAAUAAAGCCAUGCUGGAUGAGGCCCUCGGGCCCAACAGGACAGUGGACAGGGAAAUCGACGACACAGACCUCCUCCACUACGCCAACUUGAACUUCUCCAAACUCCAGGCCAAGGUGGCCGAGCGGGGGGUGGGGGAGGGAGAGAUCAGGGGAGUCGCCUCCAAAACGACAGAGUACGCAGUGAUCCGCCUGCACUCCACAGGCAGUAUCGAGGGAGGGGCUGAGAAGAAGGAGGCCAUUCCUGCUCUGGAGCAGGGGGAGCACGCUGAGGACCAUGGAGCUAAAGUCUUGGAAGAAUCCCAGGCAGGGCACGAGAGUGAUGAGGAAGAAGAAGUUGCAAAGGAUUCUGCGCUGCCAGAGCUACAGGGUGUGACUAAUUAUGCCCUCAGUGUCCAGGAGUAUACAGAGGCCCCACUGGGACAGUCUGAGCAGCACAACCCAGCAGAAACUGCAGUGGACGAGGUGACACUGCUUUCUGAGCCGAAAGAUUCCUCUAAUGGUGAAGAGGAGGAAACAUAUGGGAACAUAUGUCGUGGUCAGGUCAUAUCUGAAGCAAAUUGUGGACAACCUGAGUUAGAUAGGAGGAAGAGUAGGAGAGUGUAAAGGCAUAGUAAGCUCAUGUAUAGAGGGAGUAAAGCUUAAAUGCAGAUAAGGUUGUGAAAAAUCACCCAUAAUGCACUGCAGAGAAAUCCUCGUCACCUUCCAAACUAGAACCACUAUGUCCACCUUUUUAACCUUUUAACACCAGUUAUUCUACAGUGUCUGUUCAUCAGUUGGAUUUUCAUCUCUAUAUAUACAAUAUAUACAAAAGUCUGUGGACACCCCUUGAAAUUAGUGGAUUCGGCUAUUUCGGCUUAAAAUGAAAUCCAAUGAGGAAAUACAUUAGAUUUUGUCCUGCUGAUCUACACAACCAACUCCACAUUUUCAAAGUGAAAGAACAAUUCUAUAUAUAUUUUUCCAAUUGAAUAAAACAAAAAAACAAAGAUGUCUUGAUUGCGUAUGUCUUCACACCCCAGAGGUAAUACUUGGUGGAAGCACCUUGGGCCGCCAUUAUAGCUGUGAAUCAUUUUGAAUAAGGUUCUACUAACUUUGCACAACAUACCCAUUGUUUUUUGUCCAAAUAGCUCAAUCUCAGUAAAUUUGGUUUGGGAGUCAUUGAUGGACAGCAAUAUUCAAACAUUGUCUCUAAUUGUCAAGCAGAUUUAAGUCAGCACAAGCCACAGUACUUGAAAAUAGAGAGGGUUUCACUCUGUGUUGUGUAGUUCUGGAUUUGGCCCGUGGUUUUUAAAUUAGGCCAGAAAAAAUGCAUUUCCCGUGUUGUCUUGCAGUAUUACUUAACAGCCUUUUUGCCAACAGAAUGUUUGAUUUGAAGUGGAUUUUUUUUAACACAGGCUUCCUCCUUUUCACUUUUCUAUAGAGGCUAAUAAUGUGGAGUGAAUGCAAUGUUGUUGAUCCUCCUGUUUGUGGUGGAAACAAUGUGUUAUUGGUGUGCUUGACCUCGGCAGGGAUUGGAGAGUUUGUCAGGAUCAUAAUAUGAAAGGAGCAAAGCCCAGAUUAACAAAGCUCAGAUUCAGUCUUCUGAAUACCAAACACUGGGAUAGAGUUGUAUUUUUCACCGAGUCAAUUGCACACAUUUUAAUCUCAAAGACACACCAGAACGGCUUUCCAAUAGCUGUUGACUGCUUCUGAAUGGUCCAGUGUGGUUCAGUCCUGACUUAAAUCUGCAUGAAAAUUUGAGACAAUGGCCUGGACUCAAUCCGUAUCGCUGUAGUCAAAUCCAAUGAAAAUCAAAUCAAGAAGCUGAUUUUCAAGGUUUGAAUUUUGCUGUCCAUCAAUGACUCCCAAACAAAUUUACUGGGCUUGAGCAAUUUGGACAAAAACAAUGUGUAUAUGUUGCCCUAUGAGAUGGUCAAAGGUGCUUCCACCAAGUAUUUACUCUGGGGUGUGAAGACAUACUGUACAUAAUUAAGACAGCUCCGUUAUUUUUAUUUUAUUUAUUAAUUUGGAAAAUGUUCUGUAUUUUUUUUUCUUUCACUUUUAAAAUGUAGAAUAAGUUAUGUACAUCAGUAGGAAAACAAUCAAAUGUCAUACAUUUUUUAUUUACUUUUAAGGCAGUAAAAUGUUAAGACUGUGCAGGGGGGGGGGGUUAUACACUUUCACUAGGCACUGUGUAUGUUUUUUUAUUCUGACUUUUUAACGGUGUUUUUAUAGAUUAGUGUCGCUCCUUACAUACAUUUUCAAUUAAUUAAAUGUUCAUCUUGCAACAGUUAAGAGUGUAAUAUUUGUUUUUCAAAGUUUUGUUCCUCUUCUAUGAAUUUGUAACUUAUUGUUGCACAGAAAAUGUGUAUUUAUGAACUUACAAAAUGUGUGUGAUGGUUAUGAAUCACUUCAACAUGUUGUAUUAUUGUUUUUAUUGUCUUUUUUAUUGAAAAUGUAUUUACAAUGUUUAAAGCUGAAUACAGGUGAAUACAGGUUACAAGCAGUCAGUAAUUUCAGCAUGAUUCAGUAACUAUGUAAAGUCAGAAGUCAGUAAUAAUGCACAUUGCAAUGUUAAACAAAUAUGAAGACAUGGUGUCAGUUGCAUAGCAUAUACACAAUAGCACAUCCUGUAAUAUGGGAAAUUUCUAAACAGUGAAGCAUUUCUGUUUUGACAGCCUAGUAAGCACACAUUGCAUUGAUGUACCACACGAUGUUCAAACCCACUUUGAAUGACGUCAAUAAACUCUGUUUUCUGCCAU